AUGGCGCAGUCUCAGGGCACCAGGAGGAAAGUCUGUUACUACUACGACGGGGAUGUUGGAAAUUACUAUUAUGGACAAGGCCACCCAAUGAAGCCUCACCGAAUCCGCAUGACUCACAAUUUGCUGCUCAACUAUGGUCUCUACCGAAAAAUGGAAAUUUAUCGCCCUCACAAAACCAAUGCUGAGGAAAUGACCAAGUACCACAGUGAUGACAACAUCAAAUUCUUGCGCUCCAUUCGUCCAGAUAACAUGUCUGAGUAUAGCAAGCAGAUGCAGAGAUUCAAUGUUGGUGAGGACUGUCCAGUAUUCGAUGGCCUGUUUCAGUUCUGUCAGUUGUCUACUGGUGGCUCUGUCGCAAGUGCCGUGAAACUUAAUAAGCAGCAGACAGACAGACAUCGCUGUGAAUUGGCUGGGGGCCUGCACCACGCAAAGAAGUUGGAGGCAUCAGGCUUGGCCAUCCUGGAACUGUAUCACCAGAGGGUGCUGUAUAUUGACAUUGAUAUUCACCAUGGCGAUGGCGUGGAAGAGGCCUUCUAUACCACAGACCGGGUCAUGACUGUGUCCUUUCAUAAAUAUGGAGAGUACUUCCCAGGAACUGGGGACCUACGGGAUAUUGGGGCUAGCAAAGGCAAGUAUUAUGCUGUUAACUACCCACUCUGAGAUGGGAUUGAUGAUGAGUCCUAUGAGGCCAUUUUGAAGCUGGCCAUAUCCAAAGUAAUGGAGAUGUUCCAGCCUAGUGCGGUGGUCUUACAAUGUGGCUCAGAUUCCCUGUCUGGGGAUCGGUUAGGUUGCUUCAAUCUGACCAUCAAAGGGCAUGCCAAGUGUGUGGAAUUUGUCAAGAGCUUCAACCUGCCUAUGCUGAUGCUAGGAGGAGGUGGUUACACCAUUCGUAAUGUGGCCCGGUGCUGGACAUAUGAAACAGCUGUGGCUGUGGACACAGAGAUCUCCAAUGAGCUUCCAUACAAUGACUACUUCAAGUACUUUGGACCAGAUUUCAAGCUUCACAUCAGUUCUUUCAACAUGACUAACCAGAACAUGAAUGAGUACCUGGAGAAGAUAAAACAGCGGCUCUUUGAGAACCUGAGAAUGCUGCCCCAUUCACCUGGGGUCCAAAUGCAGGCCAUUCCCGAGGAUGCCAUCCCAGAGGAGAGUGGUGAUGAGGACGAAGAAGACCCUGACAAGCGAAUCUCGAUCUGUUCCUCUGACAAACGAAUUGCCUGUGAGGAAGAAUUCUCUGACUCGGAUGAGGAAGGAGAGGGUGGCCGAAAAAACUCUUCCAACUUCAAAAAAGUCAAGAGAGUCAAAACAGAGGAUGAAAAAGAGAAAGACCCAGAGGAGAAGAAAGAAGUCACAGAAGAGGAGAAAACCAAGGAGGAGAAGCCAGAAGCCAAAGGGGUCAAAGAGGAGGUCAAGUUGGCCUGAGCAGACUUCUGCAGCUUUGGCUUCUGGCCAAGUUCCCCACCUUUUUCCUCCAAUCCCUCAGAUUUUUAUAUUUUCUAUUUCUCUGUGUAUUUAUAUAAAAUAUAUUAAAUAUAAAUGUCCCCAGGGACUAGAUAGGAACCAGGGCCGUGAUCCCAAGGCAGCUCUGUUGAGGAAACUUCCAGCAGUUGCCUUGUUCCCCAUCCCUCUUUAAGUCUUUUGAACC